AAUAAUAUCAGAGCUUGAUUCCCCUCUCUCCUCCUUCUCCUUCUUCUUCUUCUUCUUCUUCUUCUUCUUCUUCUUUACACCUCCCCAUUUUCAAUCUCUUUUCUCAUUCUUCUUUUUCUUUCAUUCUCUUCACACGCAUGUUUUCCUCUUUAAAAUUUCCCUUCAUCACAUCUCUCUCUCUCUCUCUCUCCCUCUCUUGUUUUCUGGUUGGUGAUUUAUAGAUUCUGUGUCAGAGAAAGAGGACAGAAUUAUAAUUUUCCUUUUGCCUAUCUGAUUUCUGAGCAAAGCCCCUUUGUGUCAGAAACAAAAUCUCUCAUCUCCAACUGUUUACUUGCAAGUACUAUCAUAUGCAUAUCUGCAUCAUCAUCAAUACCCAACUACACAAAAAACCUAACUUCACCCUGUAAAAGAAAAGCUCCAUGAAUCCUGAUCACCACUCUUCUUUAAACCCUAGUUCUUCUUUAAAAUCUAGGUUCACUAAAACCUUCCUUCGAUCUUUGAUUAAAAUAAACAAGCAAAGACCUUUCCCAUAUUGUCCUAGAGAGAUCUUCCAGCGAUGUCAUAGGGUUAAGACAGCUGCUGAUAAAUCCCUAGCUCGCGCUGCUGGGUCAAGAAGGGUUUGGAGUAGGGCAAUGCUUUGCAAGAUUCGAAACCGAUCACUGAGGCGGGGAUGCCAGCAGCGUCCUUCAGUGAGAAGAAUCAUCAUCGGGUAUCAAACCACGAAAAAGGGUUAUUGUUUACAGAAGAAGAUGAGUGAUGAUCAAGAAGUUGGUACGGAUCAAGCCAGCAAGCUAAGAAAGCUGGUGCCGGGAGGUGAAGCUAUGGAUUUAUGCAGUUUGUUGGACGAGGCUGCACAUUACAUUAAGUGCCUUAAUACCCAAGUACAGGUGAUGAGACGUAUUGCUGAUAUCCACUCUAGUUGAGCUAUCUAUAUUCAAUAUAUAUAUAUACUUAUUUUCACAUAAAUAUAUAACACAAUAAGUUGAAAGUAAUGAAUCCAAUCAACAGAGGAAAAAAAUAUAAAAAAAUAUUGUAAUGUAUGACAUAAAAGAGGGAAAAGUCCAGGCCUUUUAUGUGAAAAGUAUAUAUAUGUGUAUUUUAUAAGUACCAUAGCCCUAGUAAUUUCUAUGUAUGGAAAUGUACUUGAACCAGAAGAGCUUGAUGUUUGUGAAAAUCAACGGGGGAUUUGUUUAUAUCUAUAUAUUGCCUGUGUGACGA